UCGAUCAUGUCAAAGUGCAUACACGGCCAAUGAAAAACACAACACGUACGCGCGACUUUGUGACAAUGGAGCGCGCAACCCACAAUGAUAAUGAUGAGCACGUCAUCGACGUUACAACCGAUGACGAUUCUACGCCAGGAUCGUCUUUGUACGUUACAACCGAUGACGAAACCCACAAUGAUAAUGAUGAGCACGUCAUCGACGUUACAACCGAUGACGACUAUUCUACGCCAAGAUCGUCUUUGGACGAGGGAAGCUAUUCUUCAUUAAGCUCGCCUCUGUCUACUGAUGACGAAACUUCAGAUGACGGUGCAAGUUCAUCAUCUACAAGAGGCUGUGAUAGUUUUUGGAAUACAUUGGAAUUAGUAGUCACUUUGGUUCACAUUGUUGCAGCAUUAGUAAUUUUGACUCUGGCAAAAGAUGAACAUCCACACGCACUUUUGUUAGCAUGGCUCAUCGGUUACACUUGUGGAUGUAUUACCAUUGCCCUCCUUAUUAUCCUUUCGCUUCUCCGCAAGUAUAACCAAGUUGGGGUUUACUCAAGGUCGAGAGUGGAUCGGGUGAUGGAGGUUUUGAAGAUUGGGGUUGAAUGUUUAUUUUUUGUGUGGUUAAUCUUGGGGAUUGUAUGGAUUUGUGAUGCACACUCAUCUCCUUCCGAUGCUCCUAAACUCCACAGGUUAUGUGUAGGCUUCAUUGCUUUCAGUUGCAUUAGAUAUGCAUUUACACUUCUAUUAUGUGCAGAUUCUCUUUUGGGUGGUGGAUUAUAUUUUCAGAGACCGAGCCCUGAUGAUUGUUGUUGCAUAUGCUUGGAGACAUUUGGAGAGGAAGAAAGAAUAGUAAUAAGGAAACUUGAAUGCUCACACGUAUUUCAUUCGAAGUGUAUAGACAAAUGGCUGAGAGUCAAAUCGACAUGCCCUCUCUGUCAAUCACUGGUUAGGGAUUGAUGAGAUGAGGUUAAGGUGUUUUGCGGGAGACUUUUUUUUUGUUACGUUGUUUUGUUAAUAUUCAAAACAUAGAAGUGUUAUACCACAUUAAACCCUCUCCACUUGAAAUAGGUUCCCGGAGAUGUCUGUCAUGAGGCUAUUACUCAUGCUUUUGAUCUGAAUUUUUCAAGAACCUCCUUAUGUGUCUUUUUAUCUGACUAUUUUUUAUAAUAAUUUAAUUGCUAAAUUCUACAAGAUAGUUUACUUU